GCCAGGGAGGGGCGAUGCAGGGGGUCGCGGAGGGCUGCGCUGGCCGGCCGGCAGACGCGGGCGGCCCUUCCAUGGCAGGGCCGUGGCGCGCGCGCGCCCCUGCGGGGGCUCCGUGAUUCUGCUCUCUCCGCGGCAAGCAGGUCUCUCAGGAGGCGGCGUGGAAGAAGCUUCCUGGCGAAGGGGGCCCCCGAAAGGCGGCGGCGGCGGCGGCCUUCCCAGCGGGCGCCAGGCAGGGAAGAGGAGGGCCGCAAAGGCCGGCCGGGCCCCUCCUUGGGCUGCGGGGGCGGGAGAGGCAGGUUGAGGACGCCCAAGGGGGAGGUUAGAAAGGGGCGCCUCCUCCCUCCGCGCCCCCGCUGCAGAGAGGCCUUGUGGAGGGAGGCGCCCAGGCAGGCCUCCUCCUUCGCCCGCUCUCCUGAGGGCGGCUUCAGCGGAGGAGGCGGGAAGGACGGGGCCGCGCCGCGGCAGUCCUGCCUGCCCGACCUGUAAGGCGCCGCUGAAUAGGCCCCGGCCAGAGAAGCCGCCAGGCCCGUCGCCGUCACGCGCUCACACGCCGCUUUGCGUGUCUGCCGGAACACAGGAGCGGAGGGCGCCGCCAGACCCGUCGCCUCAGGCAGCUGAUACCCUGACAUGAACCUCCCCCCUCACCCAAUGGAUUCUGCCGGUGAACAAUGCAUCCCCUUACUGCAAGUGCUGAGGGCAGGAUGCUGCAAAACCCACCCCAAAAGAGAACCAGUCACACUGCAAGAAAGGAAGCUGGAGACAGUGGGGUUCUUCCUUCUGAGGACCAGCAAGGCACUGAAUCCUCCUUUCUCAAUGAUACCCUGAGAUUCCCACCAGAAGGAUUCCAAGCCAGUAUGAAGUUUCACCUGUCGUUUACUCCGAAGCCUCCUCGGAAACCAAGGCUUGAGCGAACCUCCUCUCUUGAUGAACUGGUCUGGCAGAGGAGGCGGCUCUUCAGAAUGAGCCAAGACAGCUUGACUGAUGUUGCUGAGAUGGGCUCCUCCACCCGAUCCUUGCAGGAGAGUCCUCCUGGAGGGCUCAGACAAGCCUCCUGCAGCAGUCAGAACCAGGAGACUCUGCUGCACAGUUUGUGCAUCGCCUCUGAAACUCCUUCUGAGCCAAGGUAAGGCAAGUCCAGCCUAAACCUUCAUCUGAGAGGUCACAGGCAAAGCCUGUCAUGCCCCAGGUAACACCCACCCUUCCUCCUCCCUCCGUGGAACUUGAUGGCUCCUUCCCUGCUCUUAGGACAGCUAAUAGGAUUGACCUGGAUUGCGCAGAUUACAGGCCUUUUUCUUCCCACUUGUGCAAAAGGGCAGGCAGCAGCUGGAGCGACACCAAGCUGCACAGUCGAGGGAUGGUCUGCCACAACUGCUCCACAGCCUCCAUGAAGUCCACCUUCAGCUUUCUGACACCCCUCCGUGUCAGAGAUGUGCGUAGCAGAAGUUACUUGGAAGGCAGCCUGCUGGCCAAUGGUGCUUUACUGGGAGCAGAAGAGUUGGACCGAUAUUUCCCUCAUCGGAGUAUUGGGAUCUUUGUGGCCACAUGGAAUAUGCAGGGCCAAAAGGAGCUUCCUGAGCUGCUGGAUGAUUUGCUGCUGCCUGCAGACCCUGACUAUGCCCAGGACAUGUAUGUGAUAGGGAUCCAAGAAGGCUGUCCCGAUAGGCGAGAAUGGGAGAUCCGCCUGCAGGAGACUCUUGGCCCACAUUACGUUAUGCUGCAUGCAGCUGCCCAUGGAGUGCUUUACCUGUCGGUCUUCUUGCGCAGGGAUCUCAUCUGGUUCUGUUCAGAAGUGGAAUGUGCUACAGUGACUACUCGCAUCGUGUCCCAGAUCAAAACCAAGGGUGCCCUGGGAGUCUGCUUCACUUUCUUUGGCACAUCCUUCCUUUUCAUCACAUCCCAUUUCACAUCUGGAGAUGGCAAAGUGUAUGAGAGGGUGCUGGAUUACAACAAGACCAUACAGGCUCUUGCACUGCCUAAAACCAUUCCAGAUACCAACCCCUAUCGCUCCAGUCCAUCAGAUGUCACGACACGUUUCGAUGAUGUCUUCUGGUUCGGAGACUUCAAUUUCCGCCUGAAUGAAGAUCGGGAGGUGGUGGAGCAGAUCCUCAGCCAAGGCCUGGAAACAGACAUGUCAGAGUUGCUACGGCAUGACCAGCUACUGAAGGAAAUGGAUAAUGGGUCUAUUUUUAAGGGGUUUCAAGAGGCUCCCAUCCAUUUUUGUCCUUCCUACAAAUUUGACGUUGGCCAGGACACCUAUGACACUACCUCCAAGCAGAGGACCCCUUCAUACACGGAUCGAGUGAUCUUCCGAUGCCGUAAUAAGGGUGACAUUGAAGCUGUGAAAUAUUCUUCCUGCCUUGGGAUGAAAACAUCAGACCAUCGGCCUGUUUAUGGGUUAUUUUGUGUCAGAGUGAGACCUGGAAGGGACAACAUUCCCCUUGCUGCAGGGCAGUUUGACCGAGAGCUGUAUUUGAUUGGCAUCAAGAGGCGGAUCACAAGAGAACUUCAGGAGAAGCGGGCUCUAAAGGACCAGAAAGGCAGCACAGUCUGUUCUGUUUCCUGACCUCAAAAUGCCACUGGAAGAGGAUGUCCUGGUGUCCUGCCACCAACUCCAGUGAGCGCUGGCAACUUGUUUGGGGCUUGUGCAGCUGGGUCUUCCAGCUCAUCUUUGCACUGUGCUGCAGUGAUUGUGGGAAAUGAGAGCAUUUCCUUGCGUCGAGGGCAUCUGCCCAUUUGAAUAGGUUUGAUGUUCUAGCAGGGGGAUGUCAAAGGAUGGCCUGUCUGUUCCCUACGAGGGACACUGUUGUGGGCCAUUUUGGCUCCUUUGUGACCACCACUCUGGCCGUGGGCAGCCUUUGCAUUCAGAGGCAGAAGCACAGAACUUUCAGCAGGUGCCUUUUGGGAAUGGCAGCAAACAUUUAUUGAGCUUCCCCUUUUCCUGCUUUUGCAGCCACACAAGCCCCACAAGCAGGAGAAAAAGUGAAAUGGAUGCCAGCUUAAGUAUCUGGAGGACCUUUUUUGAAGGAAAAGUACGUUGGAGAAGAGCCCUGGGGAGGGAGACCCCAGAGAAGCCAGCUGCUGCACUUCAGCCCUCCCCAGGCUCCCAAAGACCCCCUCAAGUGCCUCCCUUGGUCCUGGAUGAGGACCAGCCAGGGACCAAGAGUCGUGGGCCACGUUGGCUUCCCUGGGACAGUUUGUUUUCAUUAGCAGCUCUGAAAGAUUCUGCCUGUCUCCUAUGGAAGCUGCCUCUUCCUGGCUGGCUUGUGCUGCUGAAGGGAUGCUUGCCUGGCAGGGUCCAAGAGAUGUUCAUGUUGAGUUUUGCCUUUUUCCCCAUGUUCAGCUACUUGCUGGUCUGGAUCAUGUUUGUGUCCAAAAUUCCUUUUAACAAAUAAAAGAACCAGAUCUUAAA